AGAAAUCCCCUGUAGCGUGAUGCCCUUUUUCUGAUUUUCUGUUGAAAUCAAUUCAGAAUAUUUACUAGAAAACUUAUUACCCAGUGACUUUUACGAAUUCUUUUAAGGUGAAAUAUUUCCAUUUUAAGGAGCAAGAAGGAGGCGCUGAAAAGGUUUCUUUUCAUCAAGCCUUCUUGAAAAAGGCGUUAAAUUUAUAUCCUCUUCAGUGUGGAUUGCAGUGGAGUUUGUGAGGUUUGUUUUUUUUAAAAAAAAAAAAAACAUUGCUCUGUUGACCUCUUUGGCUUUACUUUAUGAAAACCCAGCACCCUCAACUUGCUAGUACAUGUGUCAAUUGUUUUUUAUACUCUUGAUUUUCACUAUUUGGAGCUUGGAUGGUGAUUAAAGAUAAGAUAGAAAGUAAUUUAUAUCUAAAGAUAAGAUAGAAAGAAAUUUCAACCUAUAAUCUUGUGUUGGCUUGCAACCAGCCCUGGAGUUCCUGCCACUGUCCAAUGUUGCAGCAUAUCUGGAUUUUCAGCUUGUUACUUCCUGAUAGCAUCCGGGUAGCUUAAAAAAAACCAAGCAAAACCAGUAUCCACAGACACAUUGAUCUCCUCUCUAGAAGGCAAGGGGACCUGUUCGGUUUUUCCUAGGGAAAAGUCCCUGGUAAAAAAUUUGGUGGGUCAAUUGCAUCUUUCUCAAAUCGGCUUUCUGGCUUUUACUGCAGCCCAAAGACCAAACUUGAGGGGGAAAAAUUGGUUGACUCCUAAGGAUGCCCAAAGCCACGGUGGUGAAGUUGAUCGUAACCGGGGAUGAUUUUGGCUACUGCCCGAGGAGGAAUCACGGCAUCGUGGAGUGUUUCCUGGCCGGGGCUAUCUCCAACGUUUCGCUCCUGGUUAACGGGAGCGCCGUGUCUGACGCCGUCCAGCUGGCCAAGAAACAUUCCAUUCCGAUAGGACUCCAUGCCAACCUUUCUGAAGGCACCCCGGUUUGCCCAGCACUGAAGAAAAAGUCCACGCUACUCAACCCAGAAGGGUUUUUCCAUGGGAAGAUGGGAAUUCGGAGAUGUUUGAAUGAAGGACUCCUUAAUAUGGUUGAGGUGAAGCAGGAAUUAAUAGCACAAGUGGAGUUGUUUUGCGAACUGACAGGCCAUUUGCCACAUCACAUGGAUGGACACCAACACGUCCACGUUCUCCCAGAGAUCAGGCACGUAUUUGCAGAGGUCUUGGAAGCCUACGGGAUCACUUACACGCGGGUUCCCAUUGAACCAGAUCUCCCGCGCUGUGGUUGGAUAGAGUCAACUCUGAUGGAUUUCUAUUCGGGAGUGGAGAAGGAUUCGCUGGACACCAUAGAGGUCUUUCAAAAGCAUGGAAUAAGGUGGCCAGAUAUCUAUAUCGGCCUCAGCACCAUGGGGAAAAAUAUGUCCACCCAAAACAUCUUGGAUGCUAUUGAUAACGCCACCACAGCGCAUCUGGCCAAAGACGACUCCGCAACUCCUCCGCCCUCUUCGUUCUUGUGUCCUGGUCAAGGGCUCCGGACGGUGACGCUCGAACUCAUGACCCACCCAGGCUACCCCAGCAUCCCGCCUACUGGAGGUUGUGGAGAAGGCCCGGAUGACUUUUCUCAGUCCUGGGAGCGCCUCCAUGAACUCGAGACCUUGAAGAACCCAGAGCUCCAGAAACAUUACCAAAUCAGGAAUAUUCAGCUCUGUGCUUUCCAAGAUCUCACCGUUUGAUUCUCCGUGAAGGACGCUUCCCGUUUUUACAUUGGCUAGAUCAGGAGUCGGCAACCCACGGCUCUGGAGCCACAUGCGGCUCUUUCGAUCCUCUGCUGCGGCUGUCGGCUGAUCCCACCACUAACUGGCCACAUCCCUCCCAGUCCUUCCUCGCCUGACCUGUUUUCUAUAGGAAACGGGUCCAAAUGGCUCCUUGAGUGUUUAAGGUUGCAGACCCCUGGCCUAGAUGAAGAUGGCUAGUUCAGGGAUGGCUCCCAGGGAGAGCAGAAGACACCUGGGAAAUUUUUGCACCCUCUGCAGGCAGAUAUGGCUCCUCCUCCCCUUUUUAAAUUUUAUUUUCUUUCAUUUUUUUUGCAACUGGAGGGGGGGAAAAAUCUCACAGAAGAUAUUUUUGUGCGAUUGUCUUCAUGCAAAGAGCCAAGUGGAAUUUCCAGAGUUGAUGGUUGUGGGAGAGGAUUGAGGCAGUCCAACGGGGAGCCAUCACUUGGCGUUGACUUGGCAGAAAUGCCAGCAUAGACCUGAAAUUUUAGGGUAUACCAAGAGGGGAGAGAAUAUUGGUAACUCAGCGUUGAAAGGAGGGGCCCUUGUUGCUCUCUGAGCUUGUGGUGGUUUCCUUGGAGACGUUUCGUAACCAAACUAGGUCACAUCAUCAAUGCAUCACUGGGUGUUCAUCUAAUAUAGAGGUCCCCAAACUUGGCAACUUUAAGACUUGUGGACUUCCAACUCCCAGAAUUCCUCAGCCAACUAUGUUGUAAGUCUGGGAGUUGGAAGUCCACAAGCCAAGGUUUGGCACGCUGCAAGAACUCAGCCAUACAGUAACCUAGGUCUCUCUUUCUGCCUUAUAUUCUGAGAUAGAAAGGCAUUUGGAAGAAUCCAAUGUUAUUUUAGGUUGUUCUUGCUUAGUAACGCGGUGAUUUGUUUUAAGGAUUAGUAAAAAAAAAAAAACCCACCAUCCCAACUGUUUGAAUAGCAAGUAGAACAGGAUGAAUCAAGAAUAUCUCGAUCUGCGAGGCUUAAAUCAAAAUGUUAUGAAAGCUUUGUUAGAAGGAAGAGACAAAGUUUGGAGCCUUCCAAUAUUUUUUUUUUUUACCCUUGGGUUGAAGGUAGUUUAAUAUCAAAAGCGAACAGUUGUUUUAAGCACUCUCAGGCUUUGAAAAAUCAACUUUGCAUUAGGCAAUCAAAUGCUGCCUUUUUUUAACAGGCUCAGUUGCUUUAUGCAAAACCACUUGCACAGAUGAUCCAAAGCUUCUUUCCCCAUCUCUGAAUUUCCUUUUUUUUUUAAAGAUAAAACGUUCCCUGGAUUUUCACAGGAUCCUAUCUCUGAUCCAGUAGAUAUAUUUAAAAAGCUGCUGUUAAACAUUAUCUUUCUUAUUUCACAAUUUACAGGGAGUCUUUGACUUACAAACGUCUGUUUAGGGACCAAUCAGUUACAACAGCAUUGACAAAAGUGACUUGCAACCAGUCCUCGUACUUACGGCCAUUGCAGCAUCCCUACCGGCCAGGUGAUUGGAACCAGGUACCAGCAUAUAAGAAUUAUAGUGCCCUGGGAGAAUUUCAUCCUGAUUUGUGACCUUCCCAGCUGGCUUUUCCAACAAGCAAAGUCAAAUGGGGAAUCCGGAUUCGCUUAACGACCAUGUGAUUCAGAAGUGCAGUGAUUCACUGAACGACUGUGGCCAAAAAAAAGGUCGUAAAAUUAGGCGCGAUUCACUUUAAGAACUGCCUUGCUAAGCAAUGGAAAUUCUGGUUGUAAGUUGAGAAUUAUCUGUAAUAGGUCUCCAAUAUAAUGUUUAAUUUUCUUAAGAAAUUACAUUCCUUUGAUUGUUUAAACAUUCAAAUCAAUUCUGUGACUCUUGUAA